AAAUAACCAGGUGCCGAUUUGACUCGUACUACGCACGCGCACUAAUGAACUUCCUUUUUAGCUGCCAUUUGUGAUUGCACAAAACACGUAUAACAAUGCAGUUGUUUGUACGAGGUAGCGAGACUCACGCCCUGGAAGUAACAGGAAGUGAGACUGUAUCCGACAUUAAGAAUUUGAUAUGUGAGCGAGAGGGAUUCCCAGUGGAGGAACAGAUCAUUUUGUAUGGUGGUAAACCACUGCAGAAUGAGUAUCUUCUCUCCAAACUUAAUGACCUUUCCACUUUGGAUAUUGAAGUUAGAAUGCUGGGAGGAAAAGUCCAUGGCUCUCUAGCUCGUGCAGGAAAAGUCAAGGGUCAGACUCCUAAGGUUGAUAAACAAGAGAAGAAGAAACAGAAGACAGGAAGAGCCAAGAGACGCAUGCAAUACAACAGAAGAUUUGGAGUUGUGGUUUCCACAUUUGGUCGCAGGAAGGGUCCCAAUGCUAACUCCUAAGCUGUGUUAAAAAUGAGUUCUUUACAAGACUUGAAUUAAAGAUUCGUAUUAUCUGUAA